AUCUCCAACACUUGCUGAGGACACCAGAUCAGAUACGCUGUUCUGUGUAGUCUGACAGCUUACUGUAUUACGUUCAUGUUGGGGAGAGGUCUAAAACGCAAGCUGAGUGACUAUGAGGAGAACAUGGCUGGUCUCUCGAGUGCCUUUGAUUCCAGUCGAAAUCUGCCAUAUCCGCUUAAGAGGCAGUUGGUGCUUAAUAUGUGCCUCACCAAGUUACAGACGUACAAAAUGCUGGUGGAACCGAACUUGCACCGCUCUGUCCUCAUAGCCAACACAGUACGGCAAAUCCAAGAGGAAAUGAGGCAGGAGAGUAAUCAGCAGCCAAUUAAUGUCUGCCCUGGCAUUACUCCUAGUUCUCACAGCUACACAGGGAUGGAAUCAUCUGGGAUUUCUCUUCAGUUGCCUUCAGGUAUUAGUCAGCAAGAGUCUAACUGUUGCGACUUGCGGUCUGUAGAAGACCCAAUUGAAAAUAGCCUGCUGAUAGUUUCAGAUGAUGAUAUGUCAUCUGCUAUUUCAUCUAUUCUGAAGGAUUUAGACUUUGUAGAAGAUAUAAGCCCGCCUACUUGUCUGGUUCCUACUGGAGAUGACCAGCCAAAGUUCCCAGAAAAUACUGGUCUAAAACUAGAAGAUGAUAGACAGGAUUUGAAGGGAGCUGAAUGCGUGUUUGGAUCCUUUGAGCUUUCAAAUUCAACUAGUUACUUGAAGGAUUUGGCAAUAGAUGACAUUUUUGAAGAUAUUGACACUUCAAUGUAUGAUUCAGACUUUUGUUGCCCUCCACUAAUGCCGCCCAGACCACCAUCUCUCGCUACAGAAGAACCAUUGAAAACCUUUCCAUCUUGUAAUUCUUCUUCAGCAAGCAACAUUCAGAUAUGUAGAACAGAUCUGAGUGAGUUGGACCACAUCAUGGAAAUUCUCGUUGGAUCCUGAUACUUGUUUUACCCAAAGAUACUUUUUAACUGCCACUUUCAUUUGGUUUCAGGAUAAAAGCCACUGGAAAAGUUGUAAAAAAUUCUUUAAAACACAAACUAAAAAUAAUUUGUCCAUAGUGGGAUUUUCUAAAUAAUUCCAAAACUUAUAAACCAAAAAAAGUGGCAGAUUUUUAUUAAAAAAAAAAAAAAAGAAAUAUUUAUUUAUCAGAACUGUGCAAUCAUCUUUUUCCUUCCAGGGUGUAUGUGGAACAAUAGGCACAUACCCUUAUCACCCUUCAUGCCUCUUUCAAUAAACUUUUUUAUUUGCAAUUUUCAAUUUGUCAGAAGAAUUUACAUGCAAAACAAAUUUCAUAUGAGAUGAUCUUUUACAAAGCCUCCACUUUAUUUUUAAUAUCAGAGUCUAUGCCAGGCUGGCAUAUGUCAAGUUGCAUAGUUGGAUUGCGUGGAUUGCAGACGCAUUACUAGAGAUGGGUAUAUUUUAAAAAUGAGACACACUUUGCUUUCUUUUGGCCAGAAAAGCAAAUCAAGACACUUAUCAACGAAGUCUCUUGCAUUUUCUAAAGCAUUCAGAACUAUUUAUUUUUGUAAAUUUUAUAGUCUUUCUACAUUUUACUACGUUAUUUCAUCAUAGUUCAAAUAUAAUGGACUUCUAGUUGGAUGUGUUUAGCACUACCUCUGAGCUGAAAUGCUUUAACUCUUUCCAGUGCUUCGUCUAAGACUGCAGAUCUUUUUGUUUCUAUUUUUUUCUGGGGGAAAGUACUUCUAACUCAUUAAGCUGAUCCUUUGACGGUGACCUAGCUGAUUUGUGAAAUCAAGGGUAUUCAAUGUUUAAAAACUUUUAAGUAUUUACAAAUGUAAUUUAUAUGUAGAUUGUGCAAUUUAACAUUUUUCUGUCAGUAUUACGUGCUUAGAUUUUGAAUAAUCUCGGCGUUCUUUAAAUUAAAACUUACUAUGUACAGGUAGCUUUUUAAGCUGUUUUGGAAAACACUGUCCUUCAACCCUGCUUUCACUACAAAGUUUAAGAUGAUUUUUAUGUGCAAUAUUAUUUAAAAAGAUACACAUUUGUAUACCUGGCAUUGUGGAAAGAAAUGCUUCAAACUUAAAACUUCUAGCACCUUUGGAGGAUACUCGAGAGAGUCAGCAUUUCUGUAUCCUUUAAGAAACAAAGUUGAGAACACUUCUUACUACACCAGUGCUUACUGCUUUGAAUACUCCCGAAAUGCUCAUUGAUACGUGGUGAGUCAGUGCUGAUGACUAAGAACCAUCCUGCAGCGGUGUCCGUGAGAGCUCAGGGGUCUGACCGCUCGGAUGCAGCGCCAGGGCUGGGGCCUGCGUGGGCUUUGGAAGCAUCGUGAUGGUUGCUGCUGAUGGUGCUGCAGAUUGUACUGGGGAAGGAGGGGUGCGUGUGUGUGGCAGGUGUGUGUAUAGGUAUAUAUAAGCGCGCUCAUUAACUGAAGGUGAGAUUUGCAGUGAGAACUAUUUUUCCAUAAGACAGUUUGGAUACUGUGUUUCAGCUUGAACUGAGGUCUAUAUUGAUCCUUGCUAUCGUCUUCUGAACUACACACUUGCACGUUAGUUUUGGGGGGUAUUUUAUUUUAUUUCUUAAUUAUAAAACUUUUACUUUGUUCUUGAAAGCUGCAGCACCUGUCUUGUAAGAAGAUUUGCAGUUGUAAAAGCUUUGCUUUGGUUUGUUGUUUUUUGGAGGUUUUUUUGUUGUUCUGCUGAGACUUUUCAUGAACGGGGCAUCGGCAGAGGAAAAAAAAAAUGUUGCCUGUGUGUUGCAUCUCACAGAAGCUGAAAUCCUGGCCCUAUUGAAGGGGACAGGGUGUCACUUAGUAUUUCUAGUCUUAACUGAUGCUGUGGCACACCUACCUUGUGCAAAGAUCUCCAUUUUUUUACUGUGACUAUUUCGGUUAACAGUUAGCUGCCGAUACAAUUUGGUAUCCCAAACCAAUGGAGAACCAGUUCAGGUCGCGUCCUCGCAGCCAUCUGGGUUGUUUGGCAACCGAAGGGUAUAAGUGUAUUUAUAUGCAUAUAAUGUAUUGAUUCUAAUAUAAAACUUCUGAUCUAAAAUAUUUUGAAUUGCUGGAUAAAGGGAUUUUUUUGAAGAGUGUAUAAAUAGUUCUUGAAGAGGUACAGGUUCAGAAUGUACACAGAUUGUGCAUUGUGUAUAGACUACUCUGGCUUUUCCUCAGCCUCUACUUUUGUAUUGAAGAUAUGACUGAAUAAAUCCUUGAACUAUUAAGGGCCUUCUGCACUGUGAUGAAGCAGAGUUGUGGUUAAAAAUGUCUUUAAAUUCAGUGAUGAGGAAUAAAAUAAAAAGACUGCAUCUAAUUUCUUUUUGCAUUUGAAAAUAUGGAAUGUUACUAUGCAGUAAAGAUAUUUUGGUAUGAAAAUUGUAUCACAUAGCAAAUAGUGAACACUUAAUAAAUCCACUUACUCACCUUGCAGCCCCUACAGAAACAUAAGACGACUUGCUUUUCAGCAUUUACAUGCUGAAUUUUUUUGUAUACUUCAGAAACAGAUUAAAUUGUUGGUAGAUGUUUUAUCAACAAUUCAAAAUGCAAUUUUUGUUCAGGUGCUUGCUACAAAGCUCUGUUUCUAAUUGGUUGCUUGCAUCACAGUCCCAAGACCGUAAGCUGGUAUGUAAUGCAGUUCGGUUAUGUAUGGAGUUAUGUGCAAAGGGAAGUUUAAUUUUUAAAUAUGCACAAACUAAUUUUAAAAUCCUUCCAUGUAAAAUGAAGUUAGAGGCUAGUUGUGGUGGACCUAUUUAUUGUAUGUUUGGAAAUAAAAGCCACAGUUUUGCAGUUUAACCA